AUGGGGGGUUUCCCUUGUCAGCUGAACACCUCGCGGUGGGCGAGAGGUAGGCCGGUGUGGCCGCUGUGGGGGCGGGUCGGCAGAGGCCGCGGGCUGAGAGAGGACGUAGCUGCAGGAGGCGGCCGGCGCCGACCGCCACUGCCGGCGCAGCCGCCGCGGCGCGGGACCCGCUGCGACGCCUCCCCCGCAGCACGCAGCCGGCCGCUGCCUGAUCAGCCAGAAGGAGACAGCACGCCGGCCGCUGGAGGCGGUGGGACGGCCGCCCCCGGCGCCGCCCCCAGCGCCGCCCCCGACGCCGCCCCCGCCACUCGCCCGCACGCAGGCCCCGGCCAGACCACCGUCACAGCUGCGCAGCCGACGCCUGACUGCCCCACUUCGCCCCUCGACGAAGCUGCCGUCUCCCUCUUGCGGAACCUUUCUGGAGAGGAGAAAGCUGAUAGGCUGACAGCAGCGGCUUUUGAUGGGCAAGUGGCCGAGCUGCGUGCUCUGCUCGCAGCAGGGGCGGACAUCGAAGCACUGGACAGUUCAGGAUGGACUGCUCUGCACGCUGCAGCGAGGGCGGGACACGUACAGGCCUUGAAGUGUCUGUUGGCGGCGGGGGCAGACGUGGGAGGGAGAAUCGACGGUGGGUUCAGCGCCCUGCAUUGGGCAGCAACAUUGGGAUACUCGGACGUGGCGAGGUGCCUGCUGGAGGCACGGGCAGAUGUGGGCGCCAGGGAUGGCUACCAGAAGACGCCCCUGCACUGGGCUGCAGCGAAAGGCCAUUUGGCUGUGGUGCAGCUGCUCUGUGCAGCCUCAGCAGAAGUCAACGCCAGGGAUCAGUGGGGGUCUACUCCGCUGCACUACGCUGCAUCCUAUGACUACACAGAGGUGGCAGCUGCGCUGUUGGAGGCAGGAGCGGACAGGACGGUCAGGGAUGAGGAUGAGCUCACGCCGCUGGACAUCGCCACUGACAAGCAAAACCAGCAGCUCAUAGACGUACUAAGAAGAACCUAGCAGUCCAACAAACAUCUCUGGACAAAAAAAAAACAUGAAUUUUCGUUGUUUUUAGUAUACUACUACUACUACUACUACUACUACGUGAUCAGGCCCAGUGGACUGCACGCAUCUACCAGUUUCCUCCUCCACUGUAUUCUGUCCAUUGCUGCUAUCCGCCAUCCGUUCACAUCUAUUGACACUUGGUUUAAAUCUUCAUGGAAUCCAUCCCUCCAACGCAUCUUAGGUCUCCCUGGCGAUCUCCUUUCUGUAGGUGUGAACUCCAGGAGUUUCCAAGGCCAUCUGUGAUCCUCCAUUCCGGCCACACGGCCAGCCCACUGCAUUCGCUUGGCUUUGACAGUUCCUACUAUGUUGGGCUGCUGGUAUAGUUCCUCAAGCUCUUGGUUGUAUCUGAUCCUCCAUUCUCCUGUAUCUGCGUCCAGAACCGGACUGAAGAUCUACCGAAGCACUUUUCUCUCAAAAACAAGGAGCUUAUGGAAGUCCUGUUUCCGGAUUCUCCAUGUCUCACAGCCAUAUAGAACAACAGGCUGGAUCAGGGUUUUGUACAGUCGAAUCUUGAGCUGCCUGGAGAGAUAUUUGGACCGAAGCAGUUGUGCUAGGCUGUGGUAAGAUCGGUUUCCUGCUUGUAUUCUGGCAUUGAUCUCUGCUUCACAUGAAGAGUUCUCAGUGAAAAGUGCAUCUAAGUAUUUGAAUUCUUGCACUCUCUUGUAGGAAUGGUCCCCAACCUGCAGUGAUUGUAGAUGAUCAGCAGUCUGACAAUGACCAUGCGUCAUAAUGAGGUACUCUGUCUUGGCUUCGUUUAUGUUUAGCCCAAAUUUGCUGGCAGCCUCCUUUAGUGCUUUCGUCAUUUGCUCCAACUCCUCUCCCGACCUAGGGAGUAAACAGAUGUCGUCUGCAUAGGCUAAGUAUGCCAGUCUCUUUCAUUCAAUUUCAAUCCCUUCGUUGUCUUGGAAGGUCUCGCGUACGAUCUUCCGAGGGCAAAGUUGAACAGGAUAGGGGACAACCCAUCUCCUUGCCUGAGUCCUGUCACAAUCUCAGACUUUUCAGAUUGAUGAGUUCUCUGCUAUGCCAGACUCCCUUAAACAGUUGAGCAGGCUCUUGCGAUGUAUGCAAUCAUUGACCUUCUUAAAAUCAAAGAAAAAAAUAUGCAAAUCUUUAUCAUAUUCAAACAGUUUCUCAGUGAGCUGCCGGAGACUGAAAAUGUGAUCUACUGUUGACCGUCCUGGCCGGAAACCUCCCUGGUACUAAUCAAUCAACAAUUCUGCAAGUGGCUGAAUUCUAUGUAUGAGGCAAUUAGACAGGAUCUUUUAGUAUAUUGGAUCUUUUAGUAUAAAGAAUAGAAAAAAUUCUAAUUCUUUGUACCCUUAUAAACUAAUGAAAGCAACAUUAGGCAAGCUUCCUUUUGUGAAAACUCAACAAAAAUCUAUGAAAACUCCAUUACAAAUAGUCGAUUAUUGAAAAGUAUGUUGUAGGAGCAUGAUUUGUGCUCCAUAAAACUGCUGCAAAUUUCAACAGGAAUCAAUUACAGGUGUCUAAUCUGUAUGCUUGGAAUGCACCUUCAUUUUAGAUAUAGGACUAAACUUACUUCUGUGUCUGCCGAGUGGACCACACAGUAAUUUAUGUUUACUAGGAAUAUGCACACCAUAUCAGUUCUGUCCCCAGACUGAAUCUACCGAUGUCUCUACUGUAUAUACUGUAGACACAUCAGGAUAUUAAUAGUUAGUGUGUUAGAUUACAAUGUGUGACGCUUGUACCUAUAUGCAUUCCAUGUCCUAUCAUCUGAAAUCGAAUUAUCCAUUUAGUUUCAAUUUUUUAAAAAAAGUGAUAGAACAACCUGUAAAAAUUCUUUUCCCACGCAGCUGUAAUGCUCUAGUUACAUGACAUACUUCCAAGUGGUGGGUAAAAUGGAUCUUUACUCUCACAUUACAGACUCCUAAUAAAGAUCUUCCCUUUUCACAUUGUGCUUCUCCACAUCGUCACUGCAUUUGGUUCAGCUCAGUGUCACAUCAGCAAACCACAUUCUGGGGCCACAAUACUGCAAUUCUGGCCUGACAGGUGCCACCGCUGAUAGCGCCCUCACUGCAUGAGCUGGAAAUCUGACAAACUACAACUUGUGGAAACUGUAAAACUGAAUUUGGAAAUUUUUGCAGGAAUCCAGUCACACAACACAUGAAUGCUGCUCUGAUGCGAAGGAGUUAAUAAAAUGGCUACACAGAUAUAAAUAAACUUCACACUUCGCCAAAACAAAUAAUAUAACUUUGUGGUCAGCAGUCUCGGCAACCAGCUAGUAGCUGCAAUCUAUCUUACAGGCUGUGAAGCAAUGAUAACGUAAUGUAACUACGUUUAAGGCAGGUUCUCAGAAAACAAGUGAUCUCAAAUUAAAUAUGUUCUAGAUCCAUUUUACUUACAGUAAAAAGAGAAAGGCUGAAACAGUAAUCAGAUGCAGUAACAUAGAAAAAAGGUAGCAAUUAUAAAAAAUAAAAUUAUUCUGUCUUA